AUGGAGGACAGGAAGAGGUCAGCAGGAGAUGACCUCGCGCCACCAACCAAGAGACAAGCUGUGAACGGCAAGGCCUCUGCGGAUUCAGAUAUGCCAUGGGCUAGCGACCUCGAGAAAUACCAAAAAGAUGCGAUCUACCGUCAGAUGCUGGAAUACAAAAGAGAGAAAGCGACCUUGGAAUCACAAUUGAGAGAUGUUCAGAAGAGAUCGGUUGACCAUGAUGACCAUCUGAGGGUAAUUGAUGCAUGGUGGAUGCAGUUAUUGGACGAAGUAAAGCUCCUGGUAGACGACCAGAUUCCAUCAGCAGAUGACAUCGAUGCAUCGUUCCCAACCAAAUUACAGUUUAAGGGUAGCGAAGAUUUUCAAAGCCAUCUAACAUCAAGAGCUAAGGAAAUAAAGUCGAAGCUUCAAGCCAUAUUCACGAAUCUUGCCUCGGCCCGCAGCAAGCCAUCAUCCGACGUGCAAGAUCUCCAAGCGAAACUGACCAGGCUAUUAUCCGCUCAGAAAGAAUAUGUGGUCAAAGUCGAUAGAUUACGUAUGGAGAAAGAGGAGCUGAGUGAACGUCUUGAGGGUGCUUCUCUUCGUUAUAUCAAGGCCGAAAAGCGACUGGAUCGAGCCAAGAGCUCAGCGGUUGCCAAACUAGAACAGCAGGCCAUUGCCGGAACGGGAAAUAGUUCGGGUAGUGGAAUUGGUGGAGUUGAGAAUGGAGGGGACACCGCAAUGGCCAAUGGAAUUUCUGAGGAGACCAAAGCUUCUCAGACAGCAUAUGAGGAGGCUGCUGCUGUUGUCGCUAAGCAGAAGGAGCAGCUGGAUGCGAUUUCCGCGGAGAAUAAGGCCUUGACCGAACAACUUACCGCUGCUACUGCCAGGCUUUCCAAUUUGACCGAAGACGACUAUGCACGGACGGAACUUUUCAAGCAGUUUCGAAUCCAGCACGAAGAUGUCAUUCGAAGAAUCAAUCACCUUGAGGCCACCAACAUCCAAUUACGCGAAGAGGCCGAGAAGUACCAAGCCGAACGGACCGCGUAUCGUGCGCAGGUUGAGAAUGAGUCGGAGAUCAUCACUGGGGAACUCGAAAGUCAAUUGGCGCGUGUUGAGGCCGACCUUACCAGAAUUAGAUCUGUUCGCGAUGAAUUACUUGCGGACUUAAGCAUACGAAAGGCUAGUCAGGAGCAUGACCGAACUUCCGGUGAUCAUUUAAAGGAGCUCAUUGCUGCGAAAGAUGAUCGUAUCACGGCUUUAGAACUCGAGGUGGAACGGUUUAGAAAACGAGCCGAGGAAGAGUCCAUCGAGUCAACUCCCCGUCCCGAAAUCGAUUCUCUAGAUCUGGAACAUCUGCGACAAAAAUAUGAAGCUUUGGCCCGCGAGUUCGAAUCGAUUAACAAGGAAAUGCCAGCAUUGCAAGGUGCAUAUAAACGCGUGCAGGCCUUGUCGACUAAGAAAGUCAUGGACUUUACCGCUCUAGAGGAGCGAGUUCAAAUACUUCAAGCUGAGAAGGGAAAGGCAGAUCAAAAAUAUUUUGCGGCCCGUAAAGACAUGGAUACUCGCAUUGUCGAGGUCCGAGCCUUGAAGACCCAAAAUGCCAAAAGCUCAGAAAUCAUCGCCCAGUUGAAGGAUGUCGAGACUUCGAAUCGAAGCCUACUCAGCAAUCUCGAGAAGCAAUUGAGUGACAUGAGACAGUCCAAUACAUCUAUCAUGAUGGAAAACAAGAAGAUGGAAUCGACAAGUCGAGAAGCCACAAGCAAGGCCGACAAUUUGAAGAAUCAAGUUGCCGAACUUACAAACUUGUUGAAGUCAAAAGACUCUAGCAAUUUGAGCACAAAGCAACGCAAUCAUGCCGUCGAAGUUGAAUUAGAGCAACUACGCGCGAAGUAUGAACACACACUGAAAGAACGGGAUACGUGGAAGACCAAGAGCCUGAGCAACCAGUCCGGCGAGGAGGAGAUGCUCCGCACUUUGGCUCUCUGUACAAUAUGCCGAAAAGACUUCAAGAACACAGCUUUGAAGACUUGUGGCCACCUAUUUUGCAACAACUGCGUCGACGAUCGUAUCGCCAAUCGUAUGAGGAAGUGUCCCAAUUGCGCGAAAUCUUUCGAUAAGAUGGAUAUUAUGGCAGUUCACAUGUGA